GUCUAUUACAAUUGAAUACAUUAUAUUGUAUACUAGGAAAGUAAUUUUACAAAAAUGCGAUUUUUAAUUAUAUUAUUAGUCGCAAUAGGGACGUAUGAAGUUUUGGCAGAUUAUCCUAUAGGUUUCAAAAGGGUUUUGCUUAAAGAUGUGAAGGAAUGUUCCUGUAUCGCUUCAUACCAGAAAGCGAUGUUAAGAUUAUCUGCUCCACUUGCCUUUAAAAAGUUCGGUAUUACGCCUACAUUCAUGCCUGUUCCACCUAAAGAUAAGCUUAAGGGUGGUUUUGCGACUGCAGAUGUAGAAUUGGGUAAUUACAUAGAUCCACUAAGAACUAUUGAUCCAGUGUAUAUUAGGUAUCUAAAAGGAAAGAAAAGUGACAAUUACACCCUAAUAUUGGUCGAUUUCGACGCUCAGCAGGGACCUCCACCGAACGCUCGCAUCCUCGCUAUUGAUGUAAAUGUACCAUACAGCAAUAAUUUAAUAUUUGGUGGGCAGAAAGCUGUGCCUUUGAUCUCAUUCGUGCCAAGCUUAGGAACCGGCAUUCACAGAAUCGCAGGCAUCUUGUAUGAACAGAACGGCUACAUAGAUCCCGACCAAAUUGAGUUUUUAAAAAUGUCAAAAAGCCGUGUUAUACAACUGGGACAAUUCGCUAAGACUUACAAUCUAAAGCCUGAACCAUUAGCGGGGACUUUCUACACCACUGAACUCAAAAGUUGCGGAUAACAUUAAAAUAUAAUUUAAAAAUAGUUUAAUAUGUUCUUUUUAAAUAAAC